AUGUCUUAUACUACGACUGCGACCGAGGAGGUAACAGCCUCAUUUCCAAGCCUCAAGCGUUUGGAAAUACGACCAGAUGAAUACCCAGGUCUCGAUCCCGAAUGGCGGAAAUUAUGGAACACUCAUGGCAGUUCCAUGAUUCGAGCAGAUGAAGUCAGCAUUGAAGAAUACCGUCUUAACCCAGCAAAGUACAGUUUCACAUAUCCGACAUACAAAGGUCCAGAAGUCUUUCAUGUUGAGGAUAGACAAAUCCAAGUGACAAAACCGGAAGGCUUGAUCACUGUGAGGAUCUAUACUCCAGCAGGACCUGGGCCGUUUCCCGUGCAUCUGAAUUUCCAUGGUGGAGGUUGGGUGCUCGGAGGUCUUCAAUCUGAAGCGGCAUGGUGUCGACACAUGUGCAACAAGGCUUCCAUCAAAGUCAUCGAUGUCGAUUAUCGCAUGGGCCCGGAGUACAAGUAUCCAACAUCCAUUUAUGACUGCUGGGAUGCUGUUAAAUGGGCCAUGAAUAACGCGACUGAACUUAACAUUAACCCGAAAAGUAUCUCUUUCGGUGGUCUUUCGGCAGGUGGUCACAUGACUGCUGUUCUAGGUCACUUUGCCCGCGACGAGGGCAUCGACAUCAAGUUGCAGCUCUUGAUUGUCCCAGCCACAGACAUGCGCUACUGCAGCUCCAAGAUAAAACAAUUCACGGAAAAGAAUUGUCCUUACGAGAGUGUUUUACAACUAAAAGACGUUCCAUGGGGACCUCUAGGGCGAGAGCAAUGGUUCUUGAAAUAUUUCGUCAGCGAGGACGCUGAUGAGCUUGAGGAAAAGUUGAACAAUGAGUGGAUCCUCACUCCAGUCAUCGCUCCAAGCUUCAAGAACCUUCCCCGGGCGCAUAUUGUCACUGCGGAGUUUGACCUGGAAAGAGAUGAAGGGGAGUACUAUGGGCAAUUGUUAAAGGACGGCGGGAACGUGGUUACGGUAAAGCGCUAUGUCGGUUGUCCUCAUGCAUUUGCGCAUUACAACCAUCCUGAACGGGGACUGGCCAAGGCUCAGGAGUUUAUUGAGGAUACGGCCGAGCUCUUAAGAAGUGUCCAUGAGAUAAGUUGA